GCACUGACUGGCACUGUUAGGUGGCACUGACUGGCAGCACUGAUAGGUGGCACUGAUUGGCAUUGGGUGAUACUGAAAGGCAGCUCAGAUGGACAUUGAUAUGUGGCAUUGAUGUGGCACUGAUGGGCACUGGCACGUGGCACUGAUGAGCACUGACACAAGGCACUGAUGGACACUGACAGGUGGCAGUGCUGGGGCUACACUGAUCAUCAGGGCACACAGUGGCCUGAUGGCGCUGUCAAUGUGACAGCUCGAGAGGAGAGAAAUACCGAUAACCGGCAUUUCCCUGUUUACAUGUGAUCAGCUGUGAUUGGAGACAG